AGAAGUAUUUCACGCUUGAAUAUCUGAACACAAAGAUUCGCACAUUUCCGUAUCAGCAUUUUGACAAGAUUGAUAAGCCACAGCCAAUCCCAAAGAGUUUUGUUACCAAACUAAGUAUUGGAGGAAAUGGACAUGAAAAUUCUGCUUUGCUGAGAUUAUUACCCUUGAUGAUAGGAAGUAAGGUCCCAGAAGGCAAUGAAACAUGGGACAUAAUAAUGAACCUUAAAGAAAUUGUCCAGCUUGUGUUAUCUCCUUCUUUCACAGAGGAAUCCCUUCAGUACCUGCAGACCAAAAUAAGUGAUCACAGACAGGCUCUUAAAGCUGUGUUUCCAGAAUUUAAUCUCAGACCAAAACACCAUUACAUUGAACAUUACCCGGAACUGAUCAAGCGUUUUGGGCCUCUGGUUCAUCUGUGGACCAUGAGGUUCGAAGGGAAACAUCGUUUUUUUAAAAGGGUGAUGCAUGACACACAAAAUUUUAAAAAUGUCUUGAAGACUCUUGCUGAUAGACAUCAGUCCAUGAUGGCUUUUCAUAUGAAUGCCCCAUCUUUUUUCAAACCCCAAAUACAAACCAGAAGUGUUACUUCUGUGCAGGUUACUACUCUACCUCAAGUGGCGGCAGACUUCAUAAAGACCAAGACAGACAGCCAAAAUAUAUAUAGCACAUCAGUGGUCUCCAUAGAUGGCACAGAUUAUGCGAAUGGAAUGUUUGUUUCUGCAGGACAGUCAGGGGGACUUCCUAAUUUUUGCAAGAUUGAACGUAUACUUCUUGUAAAUAACUCGGUGUCAUUUCUGUGCAGGUCCUACGAGUGCUGGUACAUCGAACAUUUAAGAUCAUUUAAGCUGACAUCAUUGGACAACUUCUCUGUGCAUGAGCUAUCAGAACUAAAUGACACAGAAUGGAAGUGCAGAACUUUUUCCUGCAUGUCCAUACAUCCACUGACAUUGUGAGGAAGAUGACUUUAUCUUCACGUCCAGCAUCUGUGGAAGAGCUAAAAACAAAGAUAAAAGAGAAAUUUGAUCUCACCAUUGACUUUACCCUAUCAUACCAAGAUCCUGACUUCAAU